UGGUUAAAGAAUAUGAAGCAAGAUUCUUAAGUUCCCAGUAAAUACCAGUUCCUUUGUAGUGACCAUUUUACUCCUAAUUCUCUUGCCAUCAGAUGGGGUGUCUGUUUUUUAAAGCAAACUGCAAUCCCAACAAUAUUUUCUUUGCCUGAACAUUGUCAAGGAGAAGAUAACUGCUAAAAAAAAAAGUCUCAGAAGAGAAAAUUUAGAGAUGAGAAAGUAUGCCUAUAAACUAUGUCUUAAGAAUCAUUUAUAUCAAAUGAAGCAAAGGAAAACCUGGUAAAGCCACUAGCUCCAAGAGCAGAAAGUCCACAAACUAAAUUAACCCUUAAACAAGAUACCUUAAAAACAUCAAUUAAUCAAGAUUUAGAUGUAGUUGGAUUUUGUGCAUCUCCCAAGAAUCUAAAUUCUACAAUUAUUGCUUUGACAACUUCAAAUUCAGAAGACAUCAUUACCAAUCAUCUUGUUAAUCCAAACUUUACAAAUAAUUCCAUGGAAGCUAUGUGAGGUCACGAAAAUUAAUCACUCUUAAGCACAGUUAAAGAAUUAAACAUAAAUAACACAUCUUUUAUGAAUUUUAUACCUACAGAAAAUUCUAAACCUGUCAUUAAUUCUUUUAUACCAGCUCCCAGAGAAGUCACAGAAAUGAAAGACACAGACAUUGAAGAGUUCUUAUAUAAGGAUGUACACCAAAGUGCUGAAAUUUUACAAAUUGAACAUUCAUAAUUGACACAAAUAAGGAUGUCUUUGGCAAAAAAAAAAUCUAACCUAUAUUCAAAGAUCAAUGUUAUUGAGCAACAAACUAUAGGAAGAUGAAAGUCUGUGGAAGCUCUUAUAAACCAACCACAACAGGAGAACUGACUAACUGAAGAAAAUGUCAAGAUGAACUAUUUCACAAUGUAUGAAGUCACUGUGAUAUAA